AUUCGUACUUUGUUACUGCACCUCGCCCGUUUCGUGGAUUAAAUAAAGCAAUUAAGUGACUCUCCAACCAUCGAACGUGUAAAAGGAACGGAACGAUCUGGAAGAACGCAGCGGAAACGACCUGGUCAGAUCGUCACAAACAUCCCACCAUGGCUAGCGAGCAAACGAUUGAGGGAGCAGCCGGAGCAGCCGCUGCUGUUGGAGACGAACCCUUCCUGGGCCUGCUGGAUGUGGCCCUGCUAGCUGUUCUGAUCGGAGGAGCCGCCUUCUACUUCCUACGCAGUCGCAAGAAGGAGGAGGAGCCAGCGCGCAGCUAUUCCAUCCAACCUACCACAGUAUGCACCACCAGUGCGGCGGACAACUCUUUUAUUAAGAAGCUCAAGGCAUCCGGACGCAGCCUGGUCGUCUUUUAUGGCUCUCAGACCGGAACCGGUGAGGAGUUCGCUGGCCGAUUGGCCAAAGAGGGCAUUCGCUAUCGGCUCAAGGGCAUGGUCGCCGAUCCUGAGGAGUGCGACAUGGAGGAGUUGCUACAGCUGAAGGAUAUCUCAAACUCGCUAGCCGUUUUCUGCCUGGCCACCUAUGGAGAGGGCGAUCCCACGGACAACGCCAUGGAGUUUUACGAGUGGAUUACAAACGGAGAUGUCGACCUCACUGGACUUAAUUAUGCGGUCUUUGGCCUGGGCAACAAGACCUAUGAGCACUACAACAAGGUAGCCAUCUACGUGGACAAACGGCUAGAGGAGCUGGGUGCCAACCGUGUCUUUGAAUUGGGACUGGGAGACGAUGAUGCCAACAUUGAAGAUGACUUCAUUACGUGGAAGGAUCGCUUCUGGCCUGCCGUCUGCGACCACUUCGGCAUUGAGGGUGGCGGCGAGGAGGUUCUCAUCCGCCAGUACCGCCUGCUGGAGCAACCCGAUGUGCAGCCAGACCGCAUCUACACGGGCGAGAUUGCUAGACUGCAUUCCAUGCAAAAUCAGCGUCCGCCCUUCGACGCCAAGAAUCCCUUCCUGGCACCCAUCAAGGUCAACCGCGAGCUCCACAAGGGCGGUGGCCGGUCCUGUAUGCACAUCGAGCUGAGCAUUGAUGGCUCCAAGAUGCGAUAUGACGCCGGCGACCAUGUGGCAAUGUAUCCCAUUAACGACAAGGGAUUGGUGGAUAAGUUGGGACAGCUGUGCAACGCCGACCUGGACACGGUCUUUUCGCUGAUCAAUACGGAUACGGACAGCAGCAAGAAGCAUCCGUUCCCCUGUCCCACCACCUACCGUACUGCACUAACUCACUAUCUCGAGAUCACGGCUAUUCCUCGCACGCACAUCCUCAAGGAGCUGGCCGAGUACUGUACGGAUGAGAAGGAGAAGGAGUUGUUGCGCAGCAUGGCAUCUAUCAGUCCGGAAGGCAAGGAGAAAUACCAGAGCUGGAUCCAGGACGCUUGCCGCAACAUCGUCCACAUUCUGGAGGACAUCAAGUCUUGCCGUCCUCCUAUCGACCACGUCUGCGAGCUGUUGCCACGCCUCCAGCCGCGUUACUACUCCAUCUCGUCGUCGGCCAAGUUGCAUCCGACCGAUGUUCAUGUCACGGCCGUGCUUGUGGAAUACAAGACGCCCACGGGACGCACCAACAAGGGUGUGGCCACCACCUACCUGAAGAAUAAGCAGCCCCAGGGCGGCGAGGAGGAUGUUAAGGUGCCGGUCUUCAUACGGAAAUCUCAGUUCCGUCUGCCCACAAAGCCGGAGACUCCCAUCAUUAUGGUGGGUCCAGGUACGGGCCUGGCGCCUUUCCGCGGCUUCAUCCAGGAACGCCAGUUCCUGCGCGACGAGGGCAAGACCGUGGGCGAGUCGAUCCUGUACUUUGGAUGCCGCAAGCGCAGUGAAGACUACAUAUACGAGGCUGAGUUGGAGGAAUGGGUCAAGAAGGGCACUCUGAAUCUCAAGGCUGCCUUCUCCCGCGACCAGGCGAAGAAGAUUUAUGUGCAGCACUUGCUGGAGCAGGAUGCCGAUCUGAUAUGGAAGGUGAUUGGCGAGAACAAGGGCCACUUUUACAUUUGCGGAGAUGCAAAGAACAUGGCCGUGGAUGUUAGAAACAUUUUAGUGAAAAUUCUGUCCACCAAGGGCGCCAUGAGCGAGGCUGACGCCGUGCAGUAUAUCAAGAAGAUGGAGGCUCAGAAGCGGUACUCGGCCGAUGUCUGGAGCUAAUCUGACCCCAAAAGCCGGAGGGAGAGUCAUGCGUGGCAGGGGCAGCACGCGCAAAAUCAAUGGAACCAUAGGCCAACCGAUAAGCAUAAAGUUGUCUAGUUUUUUAAGCUAUGUAAGCGUAAUUUUUGGUUUGGGAACUUCCUGCUGCGGUUCAACAAACAGUGAAUGAGUAACGAGUAUGUGUAGACCUAGUUUAAAUGAUGAUGAUCCAGAUUGCCCACGGACUGUUAUUGUUCAACGAGGCAAGCAAGAAAUUAUGAUGCAAACUGAGCAAAGUUUAUACAAGUUAGGUAUUUAAGUAGUUUUGUAUGUGUGCAAAAUAUUUUAAAGUCCUUUUUUCUAGCAUUUUAUAUUGUGUACUCUUGGUGAUUUCAAUACAGAUACAAAAAACAUGUGCAAUUUUAAUAAUGACACUGAAAUUGUAUUUUCACGAAUAAAAAACAAAAAAUAUA